AAUUCUUUUAAUGUACUUUUUUGCAGUUUAACCUGUUGAAAGAGUCUCAAACUUUUAUAAAAGAAUAUUUUGAGAAUUCUGACAUACAGUUUAUGCUGGUGGAAAUCUGGAAUUUGGAAGUGAAAGCCCCACUUAAUGUUGGAAUCCUGAAAUUUAAGGAAUUUUGACUUUAGUUCCAGAAUUCUAAGAUAUUUUGACAACGAUUUUAAUUUCUUACAUGGAAUGCAAUUCAAAUCAAUAGAAUGUGUAAAACUCUUGGAAGAUAACUUAAAUUUCUCGUACAGAACUGAAAUUCGUAGGAUGAAAUUUAGAAAACGUUGUAUUUUAAAUCUGCAUUCUAAAAUUUUCCCAAAACACAAAAAAUGAUGACUUUAAACCCAGAAUUGUUCGUUGUCACUACUCGUUUAAAGUUCACAUGUUGGGAGCCACACUCCAGAGGAGGCAGUAACGUGCCCAAAAUCAGCUUGGACACCUCCAUUAACCACAAAAAGAAGAGAGUGCUCCGAACGAUUUGAGUUUUAUCCAUAUAUUAAAAUUAUAGAAUGAGCUUUACCGUAGAAGAAGAUAGCCCGUUCCCCGCGGAUGACGGCCUGUUCGCGGACACCUUUUCUCAGGAUAUCGACUACACUCUGUGGGGUCAGCAGCUGAGGAUUAAACAACUGUUCGGUGCGAACCUCGGCGUGGCUUCGACGGUCUGGGAUGCUGCUGUGCUCCUGUGUCGGUUCCUGGAGCUGCAGCGUGUAGAGCUGAGGGGGAAGCGUGUGCUGGAGCUGGGAGCCGGGACCGGUCUGCUCGGUACUGUGGCGGCUCGUCUCGGUGCGACAGUUGUGCUCACCGACCUUCCCGUGGCCGUCCCACAGCUACAGUCCAAUGUUUCAGACAACAUGCCAGCCAGUGGUUGGCCUUCCACUCCUCCCAGAGUUCUCCCUCUGUCCUGGGGUGAGGAUCACAACAACUUUACGUCCGACUGGGACCUGGUGUUGGGGGCAGAUAUAGUUUACCUCAGAGACACGUUUCCGCUGCUCAUAGAAACACUUAGUCAUUUGUGCAAGAACGGAGCUGCCGUUUACCUGUCAUCAAAGAUGCGAAAAGAACACGACUGUCCGCGUUUCUUUGAGGAAGUUUUACCGAGAAGAUUUAAUGUGGAACUUCUGCACCGUGAUGAAAAACAAAACAUUAACAUCUACAGGGCAUUUUUAAAAAGAGAUCAGUGAGAACUGGACCAGCCGUCCUCAGGACUGGGUCUGCACCGUGAGAUCAUCACUAUGAUGCUACUGUUGUUGUUUUCAAAAUCUUUUUUAAAAAAAAUUUAAAUAGUGUUUUGUACAAUUGUCACAUCAAAUUGAAUUACUGCUGAUUCAUUUCCAUGAAGUGAAUUUCCUACUUUACAAGUGAACUUACUUUGACUCAAGGAUGUAAUCGACAAUCAACCGACAAAGAAGGACUGUGUUCAAAAUACGUGUAUUUUUUUUAAAGCAUUCUGAUUUUUAAUUUGUUUUCUAAUCUAUCUAAACGUGAAGGUUGUUGAUCUGUUGUUUCUCUCUUACCAAAUAAUAAUGUUCAUAAUCAGUGUUGUGUUUUUAUCUGGUAUGAACAGCAAAACAAAGUGUCCUUGUUUUUUAAAUCGUUACAGUGUUAAUAAAAGGAAAAAGGAUCAAACCCAG